CAUAUCAUAUCACAAGUUUUGUUUUUGUAAGUAUAAAAUUUUAAGGAUUCCUCAAACUGAUAUAAUGAAUGUGGCCCAAAUAAUUCAUACUUGAUACAAGUUUUAAUGUAUCGUAGUUUUAAUUUAAUGGGGUACCGUGUGACUGGAUCAAAAUGCCUCACGAUCUGUCUUGGAUUCACCUUUAUUAUGGGAUGUUUCUUAGCAUCUCUACCAAUAGUACCUUCAGAGCCAACAAACCUCCGGAUAUCAUCAACAACAUAUAAUAAGAAGAAAUUAGCUAUAAUCGUACCAUUCAGAGAUCGAUUUGAAGAACUCUUAGAGUUUGUACCUCACAUGUAUAAAUUUCUACAAAAACAAAACAUACCUUUUCACAUAUUCAUUGUACAACAGAAAGAUAACAAUCGCUUCAACAGAGCCUCGCUCAUAAAUGUUGGCUUCAUUUAUACAAAGAAGGAUUACGACUACAUCGCUAUGCAUGAUGUAGAUUUGCUGCCAAUGAACGAUAAUUUAAAAUAUGGCUACCCCAAAAAUGGUCCUUUCCACAUAUCCUCACCACAAACACACCCUAAGUAUCAUUAUGAUACAUUUAUUGGUGGUAUUUUAUUAAUAAAAAGGGAGGAAUUUGAUUUGGUUAAUGGUAUGUCGAAUAACUAUUGGGGGUGGGGUUUAGAAGAUGAUGAGUUCUACGUGAGAUUAAAAGAUGCAAAAUUAAAAGUAUUGAGACCUGAAAAUAUAACAACGGGACCAGAUAAUACUUUUAGACAUAUACAUGACAAAACCUAUCGCAAACGUGACAUGAGGAAGUGUUUCAACCAGCGGGAGAUUACCCGCCAUCGGGACAGAGUAACCGGAGUCCACGAUGUUGCCUAUAAAAUACACAGCACUCACAAUGUUUCUAUAGACUCUUUACCGAUCACAGUGAUUAAUGUUGAACUAAUUUGUAAUAAGACUGCUACACCUUGGUGCCAGUGCCCCGAACCACCUAAAGUUAAAAAGGUAAAGUGAGUUGUGAACAAUAGUUAUAGAAUAAGGUUUUAUUGUUCCUCAUUUAUCCAGACUGACUGGGACCAUAGAGAAUCCGUGUAAUCAUAAAUUUGAAUAAUAUGGAUAAUGAUAACAAAUGGCUUAAUAAGCAAAAUUCAUCUGUCUAAUCUCAGGAGAUUUCAACAAUAAAUGCUAGAAUUGUAUAAGGAAUCAAAUGAAAAUGAUAAAAUUUAGCACAUUAAUAGUGGUCAGUCAACAUUUUUAAUGUUAUAUUUUAAGAGGGGAGUUCUUGAGGUGUCAGGUAUAAAUAAGUACUGUCCUUGGAGUUUAAGCUCGCUGUGUGCUAAAUUGUACAUAUAGUAAACUUAAAUAAAUAAAAUGACUAAAAUUUGAUAUCCGAGCCUUUACUUUAUGGAUCAGAAUAAAAAUCCUGGUGAAGAUCUUAGAUAAGAAAAUGUAAGGUGUUUUUGAAAUCGUUUAUGGCACGAAUGGUGCUGAUACUAUUUAAUGAUGCGUAUUUUAAGUGCUUGGUACUCUAAUUCCUGAAGCAAUAAACGUAAAAUUAAAUUAUUAUAUAGGGCCAUUAAAAAUAACGAUUUUUGACAAUACAAUGAAAUACACAAUAUAUAAUUUCCAAAAAAAAUUAUAAUACUCAAUCUGUUGAAUAAUAUUAUAUAAAUUAAAGCAUUUAUGGAUUUGUGACUGUAAUAUUUUUUCACUUACCUGUAUACAUUUUAUUAUCUGUAACCAUAGACAAAAUUGACUGAGUAAUAGUGUCACAAACAUGGCCACUCUAAAAGACAAAGCGGAAAUUAACUAUUACUUCCCUAUGUAUUACUGUAAUAUUGUCUCAUAUUGUGGUUACAUAUUUACGCAAUGCCUUCUUCUUCUUUCGAAUGUCCAAUCACUGAUGACAGACAGAGAAAAAAUUUUGUUUAAUGAUUCACCAAUACACAAUUAUUAUUUUAAUAUUAAUAAUUAUUUGUUAAGUUCAAUUACAUAAGUAUGUAUUUACAAAAGAAAAGCAGUAUAUGUAUACUACAUACAUACAUAUACUAUCAGUCAAAUGGUUUCCAUGGUAUGAGCUCGCUUAGUUUGGGAUCAGAUGGCCGUGUUUGAAUAAUGUCCCAGGAUAUUAUUAUUAUUAUUGUUUUACUUUAAUGUACAUAUUGUAUUUGAAUUUGUUAGUCAAUUAUGUAUGGAGACAAUAUAUAUUGAUUUAAGUUUUAUAUAUAAUGAAAUACCUAGUCUGUCCUAUUUUGAGGGAAUUUUGCUAAACUUAUCUGAUAU